AUGGAGGGUGCAGCUGCAGGUCUCUCGCUCCAGGCUGCAGCGGGUCCCAUCUGCCACCCCUCACCAGGCACCCAGCGGUGGCCACCCCAGCCCAGGGAGCACCCAGAGAGCAGUCCUGCUUUAUGGAGGCCCUGGAUGCUCACAGCAAGAGACGGUGAGAUGACAGAGAAUCAACAAAUGUCAGAACUGGAUGGUCAACUAAUAAAUUUUAGAUCAAAUGGAGCCCUGGGGUUUCAACAUCCAGUGAGACUUUAUUUGCCCAAGUCCAAAUCCCAAAAGUUUCUUAAUAACAUCGGAGAGAAGGUUCUGGCAAGUUUUCCAGUACAAGCUACAAUUCACUUUUACAAUGAUGAUGCUGACUCUGAGGAAGAUGAAGAAGAAAUCAGUUCAGCCUAA